AUGCUAAUUACUUUGCCUUAUUAACUGCAUAUAUAAUCUCUAUUUCUGUCUGUGUCUCUCCAUAAUUAUAUAUAUAUAUAUUUGAUUUUUCAAUAAAAUUGUUAAAAAGGGAUUGAAUUGAAGGGCAUGGAGAAGAGGAGACAAAGAUGAAGAAAGGUGCAAAUUUAUACAGAGAAUCAAAGUGGUGGAAUUGUUGCAAAUUAAUAUCAUCACCACCUUCUUCUUCAUGUUUCGACAACAAACCCUCCAAAAUUAUUGCUCUCUUCAUAACUUCCCUUCUCUUACUCACUGCUUGGAUUCACUUUGGUAAAUAUGGAGGACAAUCUCCCGAAAAUGCCCUCCAUUUUUCUAGCGCAAAACCCGAAAAGGCCCUCGAGUAUCCCCUGGACUGCGCCGCAUGGAAUCACACCCUUGCCACCUGCCCGAAAAACUACCCGGUUUCCCACAACCCUUCUUCGCCGGAAACGGUCUGCCCGGAGUAUUUCCGAUGGAUUCACGAAGACCUGAGGCACUGGAAGCAGACCGGAAUAACGAAGGACAUGGUGGAGAAGGCGCGCGCAACGGCGCAUUUCAGGCUCACCAUUUUGGACGGGAAGGUUUACGUUGAGAAGUUCCGCGAGUCGAUUCAGACGCGCGCUUUGUUCACGAUGUGGGGGAUCGCGCAGCUGGCGAGGUUCUAUCCGGGAAAACUGCCUGAUUUGGAGCUAAUGUUCGACUGCGAUGAUCGGCCAGUCGUGGAAGCGAAGCGUUUCCGCCAUCCAGGCGCCGAGCCGCCGCCGCUGUUCCGGUACUGCUCGGAUCGGCACAGCUUGGAUAUCGUCUUCCCCGAUUGGUCAUUUUGGGGCUGGGCCGAGAUAAACAUAAGGCCAUGGAGAAGUGUGUUGAAGGACAUUAAAGAAGGGAACAGCAGGACAAAAUGGGAGGAUAGAGUGCCCUUAGCCUACUGGAAAGGGAACCCUCAUGUCUGUCCAUGGAGGGGUGAUCUUUUGAAGUGCAAUGCCACACCAGAGCAAGAUUGGAACACACACCUUUAUGUUCAAGAUUGGGUUGAAGAGUCGAAAAAAGGAUACAAGGAAUCGAAUCUUGGUGAUCAAUGCACCUACAGGUACAAAAUUUAUAUCGAAGGAUGGGCAUGGUCCGUGAGUGAAAAAUACAUUCUAGCGUGCAAUUCCCCGACCUUGCUUAUGACAUUGAGAUGGCACGAUUUCUUCAUUAGAGGCAUGGUUCCUCAGCACCAUUAUUGGCCUGUUAGGGACAACGAUAAAUGCAGGUCCCUUAAAUUUGCUGUCGAAUGGGGAAACAACCAUACGGACAAGGCAAAGGCGAUCGGGGAAGCUGGAAGCCGUUUCAUCCACGAGGAUUUGAAAAUGGAGUACAUCUACGACUACAUGUUUCAUUUGCUAAAUGAAUAUGCGAAGCUCUUCAAGUACAAGCCCACCGUGCCUCCCAAUGCAAAAGAGCUCUGUACCGAAUCAAUGGUUUGCUCGGCAGAUGGUAACUGGAGGAAGUUCAUGGAAGAAUCCCUGGUGAAGUCCCCUUCGUAUUCGGUCCCUUGCAGAAUGCCUCAACCUUACAAGCCUCAAGAACUCAGGUCAUUCAUCGAUAAACAGGUGGAGACGACUAAGCAAGUGGAGGCAUGGGAGAAGGAAUAUUGGGACAAACAAAACAAACAGCAGUAGUAUCCAUCAUAAUACAAUGAUCUGCUUAGUGAGUGAAAUUUUUCGAUAGAUUGUGAGAUCUUAAAUGCACAUUACAUGAAAAUGUAAUAAUAUAUUCUGUAAAAAAACAAGACACAUGAAAACAUUGUAGCAUUUGUUGUUUCUGUUAAUUCUAUACUUAUCCUCUGUGAUAUUAUCCUAA